GGAGUCUGGUUUGCAGGCAGUUUAAAUGGCUUUCGUGGAAACAAUGAAAGUCGAUUAUCCUAAGAACGGAUUUCCGGUUGGCAUUCUUUCGUCGAGAGAAUGACAUUAUGUUGUCAAUAGUCGUUGAGAUUUAUUCGAGUUAUUUGCCAGAACGAAACUAACAACGGUGUUGAUGAUGAAUUUCUCGACUAUAGUUUAAUAGCCAAUAAUCUUUCAUGUUUUCCAAGUCAGUUUUGUAAAAGAAAAUGUUUCAAUCUUGAAUCUAGAAAAAGAGGAAUUAAAUUUGUGCAUAUUUUUAAUGAAUAUACUCAAUGAUGCAUCGAAGAUAAUGAUAUUACCAUUUAAUAAAAUUUGUCGAAGAUAUCGAAGAUCGAUGAGUUUAUCGAGAUUUUACAUUUAUAAAAUUAUUAAAUCCGAAGUGUGACCCUUUCUAUGACCUUUCUCAAAAUAUUAUACAUGGAUAAAUCAAGUAUGUACAUAUAUCAACGAUGUCGACUACGUGCUUUUAUUUUUUGAAUCCAAUUUUUACAUAAUAGAACUAUAGCGUAUCAAUGUGUGCUCCCUUUAAGCAAGGAUUCGCUAGCAUCGAAAUUUCGAGCCAGGAAAAGUACUCACGAAAUAGCAAUAAAAUUUUCGAAGGGAAAAAUCCGUUCGACCUUAAACGCUUAUCAUUGUCGUCAUUCGGAAUUAUUAAUUCUCGAGCUGACGCGAACGUGUUCUGAAUUUCGUCGCGGUGUGACCUUGCAUAAACGGUUUUCUAAGUUCGCACAGAUGGCUAAGUCGUAAAGGGCAUCACGAAAUGGCAAUGCUUACCUUUGGUCCUAGAACGCUGGCACAUAAAGAGCAUUGCUAUUGUACGUGAUACGGUGAUCGUCAUCUUCUUCAGAGGGUAAUACACGAAAGGAAAGGCUAAGGUUCAACCACCUUCUCUGUUCUUCCUUUGGCUCACCUUGUGCCCUUUGACUCGUUAAGAAUCAUACCGACCGCGGCAUACUAAUACAAUGCGCAUUAUAGUUGGUAAGCAAUCGAUAUUACCUGGAUAUCUAGCCAGUUUCCUACUAGUUCAGCAGCUUGCAUGCACUACUUCCGUAUAUCCACUCUCCAGAUAACAAUGAGAUAUAACACUAGCACGGAAGCGUUUUGUUAGACUUUACGCUGUCCUCGCAUCUAGGCGAGCACACGUGCGCCGAUUUGUAAUUUUACCUUUACCUUUCUUUGUUAUAUAGCCCCAUGGUAUUUCUCACUGAGAAGGAAGUUCCUAGAUGUUAAAUACCUUGGAACUUUAGCGGUCUAUGGAAAUAUAUGUAUAAUUAUGUUAUUGGAUUUCUCGAAUAUUUGUACGAUCGAAUUCCUGAGCACUCCACGUACGAGAUUGGUAUCAUCGUUCGCGACGUCAUUAGAUGUUUCUAAGUAGAACAGCGCAUGCUUGUUAUGAUUCGAAAAUAAACGACAUUUUCUUUAACUAUAGUAUAAAUCGAUCAUCGACUGUCAAUAGAUACUUUGAUACGAAGAUUGCGAAAAGACUGAUUCAUCAUUUAAAAUUGAUACAGACGUCUAUUAACCUGGAUUCCUAAAUAUCGAAAUAAAAGAGAAUUGAGUCGAACGACCGACAGAUAGUUCUUUCCUGGCUUUUGUCUCGACUCGUCUUUCAUCAUGCGUACUCGACUCUUCCUAUCGUUUCUUUUUCUCUUCGCACAGCUGGUUCUCUCUCAGGAUUUUAAUUGGGAUUACGACGAGGGUCGCAUUGUUGGUGGCCAACAGACCAGCAUUCAUCAGCACCCCUACCAAGUUUCUGUUCGAUUUAAUAUUCGUCACAUUUGCGGUGGUGCUAUCAUUAGUAACGAAUGGAUCAUCACUGCAGCUCACUGCGUAAAAGGCUCAUUAGUACGGUACAUUUCGAUAAAGGCAGGAAUAUCGGAUUUAAAAAUGAGAGGUACAAUGAUCCGUGCUAAGGAAAUUAUUGUUCAUGAGAAUUACAAUCAUCAGACUUCCGAUUAUGAUAUCGCAUUGAUUCGAUUAGAGAAGUCACUUCAUUUUGGACACAAUAUGAGACCCAUCUCUUUAGCAAAAACUACGGAUCAGUAUACGGCAGGUUCUAAGGCCGUUGUGACAGGUUGGGGUGUUUUGAGAAAGAAUGGUGUAUUGUCCGAUAAAUUACGCGAAGUAAGAGUACCGGUCGUCUCGAAUAUAAAUUGUUCGUACUUGUAUACGGGUCGUGAGAUCACGUCAAGAAUGUUGUGCGCUGGUUAUUUAAAUGUUGGUGGGAGAGAUGCUUGUCAGGGUGAUAGCGGAGGACCAUUAGUACAACAAGAAAAACUAAUUGGCCUUGUAUCUUGGGGUUAUGGAUGUGCAGAACCGGCAUAUCCUGGGGUUUAUACGCGAGUAGCAGCUUUUAGAUCUUGGAUAGCUCAACAUGCUGGUGUAUGAGAAAUGCAAUGGAGACUUUUUAACAAUAAUGUUUCGGAACGUAGGAAAUAUAUUUUUGUAUAUUUUUAUUACUAUAUAAAUAUCCAAUUAUUACAACUUUUUAUGUAGACAUUGUUCUCGUAUAUUGACACCUGAGCGAUUAUUUCUGAUAUAUACUUACAUGUAUUUUCUAAUUUUCUAAAUCAAUAUUUUAGUAGUGGACACCCGAAUUUGAUGCAAUCCACUCGAGGUAAUUACUGAUACGGGUAUAGACACCCGGAUGUAGCAUAGUCUCACAUCCUAAUCCAUAGGAUAGAAUCCCAAUCAGCAUCUGGUCUACCAUGAGAGGUGCUCCUAGAUCUCCCUACAAACAUACGUGAGACGAUUUCGGUAAAUGAUCAAGAUCGUGUUCAGAUUAAUUCUCCUUGCUCGUCCAUUGUUUGCAAAUAACUCGAACGUCGCUCUUCAAUUUUGGCCAUAACUCUUGUGUAAAUACUUGCAACGAGAUCGAAUCGAUUUCAAUGUUUACACUGACGUUCUGUUAUUGACUUGGUAUUAUUGUUUAACAAUAAUAGAAAGAUCAAUAAAACGUGACGUUCGGUAGAAUCGACGUUGGAAUUCCUUAUCGCAUAUAGAGAAAGAGGAAAAGAGAGAGAGAUAGAUAGACAGAUAGAUAGAUAGAUAGAUAGAUAGAUAGAUAGAUAGAUAGAUAGAUAGAUAGAGAGAGAGAGAGAAAGAGAGAGAGAGAGAGAGAGGGGAAGAGAGAGAUUCACGAAUGUAUUCGCAAAAUUUGAAGCGAAGAAAAUGAAUGCGAGUCUGUUGAGGCAUUUGGUGGACGAUUUUAUUAAGAAAAGAAGUUUCGGCACUUUAUCGUCAGACUGGCACCAUUAUAUUCUUUCAAUAAUAUUCAAUUUCGAUUCCGUAGUUCGUAUUCUGUAUUCAAGAAGGUUCUCUUAAGCAUUCCCAAAGCUCUUCUCGUCGGAGAGUACUUUUCAAGAGGACGCUGGAGUAUCGUUAGGGGUUCAACCUGCAUGAAUCGAGCACAAAGAGUCCAUUUACGGAUAUAUCGCCGAGAUACUUUCGAAAUUAACGUUAUCACCGCGCCAUUUCAAAUGCCGGGGCUUUCGAAUACAGAGGACUCGAAGAGGUCUCUCCACGACGAUGCGAGUGGUGCUUGCGCGUGCUUUCGUUUAAAUCCUUUGAAAACGUGUCGAUCGAAUAAAAACCGAUUUUCAUGGAAUAAAAAGCGCGAGUCUCCGGGAUAGACGUGUGACGCCUUUCAUUUUUAUCAUAGCUAUGCGUUGAAGUGCGAUUUUUUUUUUUUUAUUAUUUUUUUAUUCUUUUAUUUGUUUUAUCAUCAUUAUUAUUUUUAUUUUUUAUGAUCAACAAAUCGUGGCAAAGUGGUCGAUAAUAAAUUUUUUGUGCCCCCUUUUAUCGGAUUUCAUCGUGACUUUGUAUUUGAUUACAUUUUUCCACGGUAGUUUUUUUUUUCAAGUAUUUCAAUAAAAUCACCGUUGCUCGUGUUAACUUGUAAAAUAGUAAUUAAAUUGAGAGUUUCUAGCGGGAAUUCGCGGUAGUGCGUUAGGAAAAAAUCGUAUAAAUCGUUCGUUGUUGACAAAUGACAGUAGUUAUCUAAUGCGUCACUGUAACAAUCACAGAGAACAAAAUUGUUGUUGAUUUUAUACUACAUCGAUCAUGACGAAGAGAUACAUGCAUCCAUUUUUGUGAGACAUAUUUGAGGUAAAAUGAUAACGGCUAAAGGAAAUUACUUUUAUCUGAGACUAGACGUUGCUUCAUUUUUUGAUCGAACAAUUUCUUUUCUAUUUUUGAUUUUCCUAUCCAUUUAGAAAUAGUACCUACUUGUUAUGAUAUAUGUAGGUACUUGAAAUAUAUGUAUUUCUAAAAGAUACAAUAUUUAAUUUAUCGUUACAUUUAUUAUCAGAUAAGAUAUUUUAUAAUAAUUUCCGUUUCGAUGUGAUAAAAAAUAAAAUAAUAUUAUUAUUGUUUAAGGUUUUUGAAUAUUUAGUCAAAAAUUAUUAACCUCGAUUUUAUUCAGACAAUAAGGUGUAAAGCGUUGAAAAGGCUUUCUUAUCAGACGGAGAUAAAGAGAAAGAAAAAAUGAGAAAGAAAGAAAGCAAAAGGCGUGCUUUCCAUAGUAAGGUCUCCCAUUGUUCCUUAACCUCUGCCUCUGACAACCGAACGUGCUUCGUAACGGAAAAUAUAUAGAUAUAUAUAUACAUACGUAUAUACUUAUGUACGCGUCUUAGCUUAUACAUAUGUAUUAUACGCCAUGAUCAUAUAUGCGUUUAUCGUUCAGAUAUCCGGAGGAGGUCAGAAAACAUCUUGAAAGCAUUUACUUAUGAAUGCUUCGCGAUCAUCGGUUAUUUUCAUUUUUUUUAAUCUCUUUUAUUCAUCUAUAUUCUUAAAUAAAUUCUCUCACCUGACACGUUUCCACUCCUUUAGUCAUGUUACCAGCACAAAGCAUUUUCUCGGAGAGUGGUUUAUAGCUAGGCAUAAAGGACGCGCAUCUCUUCUGAUUUACGGUCAUUACACUUAUUACCGACAAUUCAGGUUCAAUGGAUAUUCUCUGAAACUGAGAAUCAAUCAUAAUGCAUGAUAUUAAGUAUUUGGAUAUUAAAGAUAGAUCAAAAGUUUUAGGACUAAUAGAUAGAAAAGAAUUGACAAUUAAAUUUUGCCUGUCAUGUAAAUGAUUAAUUAAUAAUUGUUGUUUAGAUAAUAUAAAAAAUAGUUAAAUAUAACCAAUGAAUUUUAUUUACCGAUUUUCGUUGCCAGCCAGUAACGAAAGAUGUGGUAUUAUCUUUAAUGAAAUAAUCUGCAUUUUCUGGCAAACCAAUUGGUUGCAAGUUUUGUCCGAACAUUACUGGCAUUUUCAGCUAAAUAAGAGAUUUAUUUUAAGUAUACUUUUUUUCUUUUUUAUAAAGAAAACAUAAGAAAAUUAUCUGUUAAUAUUUUUGUAUUAAUAUUACAUACCCUUAUCAAUGCUAUGUCGUUGACAUUGAUGUAUUUGUCAAAUUGAUUAUGGAUAACGAUGUUAUUUAUAUCCAAAUUAUUUCCAUUUUUUAUUAAAGAUUCAGAACGAACGCGUAUCUUGAUAUCGGAUGUCUUCGAGCUAAAAUUAAUUUAGAAUGAUAGGAUACAAUAUUUUUUCGUUGAAAUAAUUGAAUUAAUUAGAAAUUCCAGAUAUAUUUUUCUCUGAACAUUAAAUCGAAUAAAUAAUAAUAUUCAUUAACGAAAAAUGUAAUAUAGGAGAGAAAUAUAUAUACUUGAAUACACAGGAUGCUGCGGUUAAAAUCCAGGAUUCGUAUAUCAAAGCACCACUACAUAUAUGCUUUCCGGAUUUUUGAACAGACACCUAAAAAUGGAAACAAUAUUUUUUAAUUAUGGGUGAUUAAUAAAAGAAAAAUAUAAAUGAUACAAAUUUAAUUUUAUUUUUAAUUAUCUAUUAUGCUUAAUAAAAUGUAUUUAAUGUCC